CACAAUAGCGCCUGACAGGUUAGCGUCCGAUCGUGACAACAGCAGCUGUUUGCUUGUCCAGGCUUUAGCUACAUACCUAAGCGGACAGUUGUGGCUCGGAGAAGCCAUGGACUGGAAAUUUGUCAUUGCGCCCCUGCUCAUACUCCUACUCGCUGACCAGGCGGAAGGAUUAUGCUCGCCCAUCGAAUUCAGCCUAAGGGGCAUGAUGGUGCUACCGCUGACCAUAAAAAAAGCGCAGAUAUACUGCGCAGACGCCCUAUACGAACAAUUCAACAACGGGCGUCGAAGCUUGACCGUUGACUGCUCUCUCAAACAACCACUGAGCCCCGACAUCAUCUGCGUCAGACCGUCAGAUAAUUUGCUUCCAAGUUGUGACUCUUCUAGCCCUAAUCCAUCUGGCGUGAUUACUACAUUCAGUCUGGUUGAUCAAGUGCCUGGGCCAUCGUUGACAUUAAUAGACCUAGUCAUCUUUAAGCGAAUGGCUUGUUCAGAUCCAGCCCAAACGUUCAUCAACGGGGAAAUUGAAAUGGUGAGCGAAUGUAUCAACGGCAGUUGGACGCCGUAUAACGAGUGGUGUGAGCUACCCUGUCCCGUUCCUAGAGAUUGUUCGGAGAUUGGAUACAUGAGCGAUGGUUCGAGCGGUCUCUACCGAGUUGCGCCUGGGCUCGAUCCAGACGAAGCUGUGGAUGUGUGGUGCGAAAUGACUGGCACCCAGGGCGGAGGGACGGGCUGGACCACGCUGUUCCGUCACGUUGGGUCCAACUUCAUUGAGACGAACCUGAACUACACCGCCGGCUUUGGAGACCCCGAACUCACCUGGACCGACAACAGCACCUACUUCGCUGGGCUGGAUACUCUAGUGAAAUGGAACUCCGAUCUCCUCAGUACGCGAGACCUCGUAUUGCAAUUCCUGUUGGCGGACUUGAAUGGAAUCCAAUACCACGCGACUUAUGGAGGCGUGACGAUCCAGCCCAUGUCUUAUGUUUUGAAUAGCGUUGGGCAGUAUCAUGGAAAUGCAGGAGACGCAUUGUCUUCUCACGUUGGCAUGGCCUGGAACUGUAGUGUGCCGUCGAUUUGUUGGUGGAAUGUGGUUCCCGGAAUGGUUGGGGUCAGUUUUACAUCGACGGAAAUACGAUGGAUAGACAUGCCCUUGUCGUACAUACAUAUCCGCGUGCGGCCAACAUCGUUUGACAUAGCCGAAGGAUGCCCUGCCCAAUUCCGGGGAGAGAAGACUGAGAGUACGGCGAUGGAUCUUCCUCUCAGUCGACUUCCAAACACCACUUUCAGCUACACCUGUCUUGGCAAUUUCCAGCUGACGCCGCUGGAAGCAAAUGUCACCUGCGUAGGAUCAGCAGGGCUGUUCUCAUGGGACAUCGUUCCAGAUUUACCUUGCAAGUAUAUCCCUCCACCGGGGUUCACGAUGCUCCCUGGGAAUAGUUCCUCGGUAAAAGCUGUCGAUGUGCUGGCCACAGGAGGAGUGGUCGAGGCUUCUUCAUUGUGUGGUAAUGACAACUCUGCCUUGCUUAUUGUGGGGUCUUUGGAUGUCUUAGUUGGAAUGACCAAUGGUUUAUUCUAUUACACAGCUCAUAUGUUUAGGAACGGCAGUGUGAUACCUCCCCUGAUACCUGGCCUGACUUGUUCAGCGCCUGAUAUCUGCCAGGCUAACGAUACGUAUGCUUGCAUAGUUGUCGAUAAUAAAGGAACUUAUAAGGCAGUUGCUUGCGACACUCCUGAGGGGUUCCUCUGCUCUCAUCCAGGCAGCUGUAUCAGCGGGUACUCUCUACACAGAGGCCAGUGCUACAAAAUCAUCGGCGCCAACGGAGACAUGCGCCAAGCCCUGGACGCAUGCGUAGCAGAAGGCUCCGCCCUCGCUUACCCAGAGACCAUGAGUUCCCUGCAGUUCCUGGCGCAGCUGCUGACGGAGCAGCUAGGAGCCAAUCACCCUCAGCAAGACGUUAUAAUUGCUCUUCAAAACAGCAACGGGUCUUACGUGGGAGAAAAUGGACAGACUCCAGAUCCAGAUGUCAUAGCGAUGGCAUCGGGCGUGUCUGACAGAUGGCAUCAGCUGACCGUGAGAAGUGAUGGCAACUUUUCCUUGUCUCAGUCUCAACUUACUGGUGGAACCGCCUUGUAUGCUGCUUGUCAUUACUUGGGUCCGGCAGAUUGCCGGCGCGACCCUCCUCCGUCCGGUAUCUCCAGGAAUUCGACCUGGGAUGGAGUCACCCGAGCCCUCAGGACCAAAGUUAAUUAUACGUGUGCACCUGACACAUAUGCGGGUGAGGCUCACCUGACGCUACAGGUCUCCACCUGCCAUGGUCAGCUUGGCGGAUGGUCUGGGAUUAUGUACUGUGCACCGGCUAAUUUUUGUCUCUCGGAGUUCCCGCCAGCGCCGCCAAACGUGACCUUGACGCCGAACGUCACGUCACGGUGGCUCAACGGCGUCGUCCCUUACGACUGCCCGCCAGGAAUGGCGACGGAUGACGGGAACACGACGCAGAUAGUUAAGUGCCUCCAGGUGUCUCCUGGAGUGUACGCAUUUCAGCCUGACUUUGUCCGUCCAUGCAACGUUUGUCACGAAGCAAUCAACAUAUCAUCUGCGACAACGAACUGGAACACAUCGAUCACUUGGCGGGUGGGUGACCUCGCCUUUGCCAGUUGCUUAGAGGACUAUCGAAUUGCUUUUGGCGUCUCUAACUUUACAGUUGAGUGCACUCCGCAGGGGUGGCCACUUCAAAAUUCAUGUUAUGAAGCCUGCACAGAUCCUCCUCCAGCACUCGGAACGAACGUGACGAUGGAAGUUUAUACUUCAGAUGCCCUCAAUGCUACGAUAAACUACACUUGCCAAGCAGGAUACUACCUUCCCCCAACAGUGGAUAACCCCGCCCUAAGGAAUACGACUACAGCGACCUGCAUGAAAGACCCGACCCUAGCGACGACUCGGAAUGUUUGGUGGAGUCCAGAUGGCCCAGUUAUCAACUGCGUCAUGUAUUGUCUCGACGAUCCACCAGCUACCUCUGGCCUGAUCACCACUACAUGGGAUGGAGUUAAUCGCACGGCUGGAACCCAAUUCACUUACGGUUGCCCGGAUACAUUAGUUUUUGGGAAUUUCACCUCGACUUGGAAUAUAACUUGUCAGGCAGAUGGAUUGUGGACUCCAAUUGACUUGAAUGCAUUCGUCUGCAGGAAACCCGCCCCUUCCCCCCCUCCCCUGGCACCUUUCCAAGCAACAUUGGUGACUUCGGAAGUAAACUUCUGGGAUGGCUCCGUCGUCAACUACACCUGCAGGGAUGACCAGAUGUCGCCUCUAGGUGUACGACACUUCACCGUCACCUGCGGCCCCACGGGAUGGACGCCGGAACUAGAUCCAGAAUUCGUUUGCCUGAACAUUUGUUUGACUGCAGUGCCAGACGUAGCCUUCACGACCAAUAAUAAGUCUCAGUAUGCUUACUGGGAUACGGUGGUCGAGUUCGUCGCGGAUAGUGGCUACUUGUUUCCCGAUUACACGGCCGUCCAACAGACGAAGUGUUCAGACGGAAAUUGGACCUUACCGCAGAUACCUCUGGCAAGAAAUGACCUACCGCCUGUGCCCACCUCACCCCCUGGCAGCUUCAUUGCAACAAUGCCCCCUUACCCGGUAGGAUCCUCUGUCAAUUACACGUGCCCGGGAGAUAUGCGCUUCCCCAACGGUGAAGUCUACACGACCGUCACUCGUACAGAAACUGGCUGGACGCAACUGGAUCCUACCUUCGUCUGCUUGAAUGUGUGCCUAGAGGAACCUCAUUACGUCUACGGGAACAUCACCUACAAUUACACCGGGUUGGUCACCUGGGGCACUGCCAUCGAGUACCGCUGCAACGGGCAGUUUCACGGAGGAAACUCUACCGUCAUCAACUACUGCCAGGAAGGAGGUACCUGGAGCCUCUUUUACCUGCCUUACUGCAUCAGUUCCGGUAGGUAGGCCUAGUGCCCUUUUAGAGUUUUGUAUUUCAAGUGUAAGGCUGUCAGUAUACUGGAAUAUUGUUUAUAAGCCAGAAAAUUGGGCAUAUGAUGAAAUAGUUAGUUACCUUAUACCACAAAGUUUGCUUACUGAAAUAGUGUAUAUAAAGAGUGUUUACUGGUGUAUAUAAAGUUUACUGAAAUACUGUUUGUUUACUGAAAUACUGUCUUUCUAAAACCCCAAAGGGUUUGUUUACUGAAGUGGUGUAUAUAUGCUGAAAUAGUGUCUAUUUCUAUGGCACUUAAUAAUUUAUUCACUGAGAGUGUCCUAUAUGAGUAAGUAAAUAUUAUUUCGAAAGUCUUGA